AGGUGACUGUCAGAAGAAAUGCCGGUCCCAGGUGCCCUAGUACAUCACCACUGGGACCAUGGCGACUCCUUGGCCAAUGAGAAGAGAGAGGUGCUCCCAUGGCUCCGCCUGCCUUGCUAGAUGGUUGGCGUCAUCCUUGAUGCUCCUAUGGUUGCCGUGGAUGUUAUUAUGGCUGCCGUGGCCUACCCAAGCUGAACAGGUGGGCAACGGGGGACAUGGCGGAAAGGUGCUGCACGGAUCCCUUUCGUCCCCCUCAUCUUCGUCAUCUUCCUCCUCCUCCACGUCCCCUUCUGGCUCCUCACCAUGGGGUUUUAGCACAAGGCAGAGCGGAGGGCAGCUGGACUGGCUGCUGUCAGAGAAGGGCCCUUUCCACAGGUGUCCUGAGUACACCGAGUUCAGAGAGAGGUUCCAGCAGGGAUUUUCUACCAGAUACAAGAUUUACAGGGAGUUCAGCCACUGGAAGGUGAACAGCCUGGCUACGGAGAAGAGAGAUUUCCUCAAAUCUCCAUUGCCCUUAGCACCAGAGUUCCUACGCAACCUGCGGUUACUGGGCCGACGACCAACCCUGCAGCAAAUCAAUGAAAACCUCAUCAAGAAGUACGGGACCCACUUCUUGGUUACUGCCACCCUGGGAGGAGAAGAGUCUCUGACCAUUUUCCUGGACAAGCAGAAGCUGAAUAAGAAGUCCGAAGGCAACAGCAACAGCUCAGUAGUGUCUUUGGAGCUGCUCCAUCAGCUGGCCGCUUCCUACUUCACAGAUCGAGAGAGCACCCUGAGGCGACUGCACCACCUCCAGAUUGCCACCUCUGCUAUUAAGGUAACCGAAACAAGGACAGGCCCUCUCGGCUGCAGUAACUACGACAGCUUGGAUUCAGUUAGCUCGGUGUUGGUGCACAGCCCGGAAAAUAAGAUCCACCUAAAGGGAUUGCAAGAUGUCCUGCCAGAGUUUCUGCGUGGGCGUUUUGUGGAGGCAGCCCUCAGCUACGUGGCAUGCAACUCGGAGGGCGAGUUGCUCUGUCGCAACAAUGACUGCUGGUGCCGGUGCUCUCCUCGCUUCCCAGAAUGCAACUGUCCUUUUGCUGACAUCAAGGUCAUGGAGGAGAACCUGGAAAAGAGCAAAGAGGCGUGGAACAACUUCAACCAAGACUUCAUGGAAUCAGAUGAAUUCAAAGCCUUCCUGAAGCGAUUGCCCACUGAUCGCUUCCUGAAUGUGUCCAUGAUAGCCAAGCUCUGGUCAGCCGACUUAUCCCUCCAAAAACGUUAUGCCCAGCUGGAGGCCAGCACCGUCCUUGUCCUCAGCAAAGCCCAGAAGAUCAUCAGGAAACUGUUCACGCUGAGUAAACGCUGCCCCAAACAGCCCCGCAUCAGUCUCCCCCAACAAAGGCCUGUUGGGUUUUGGCUGACCAGGGCUCAGUCUCUGCUCUACUGCAAUGAGCAUGGGAUGCUGGGCUCCUUCUCUGAGGAGGUGAUGAGCUGUAGCUGCUCCGUGGAGCAGCCAAACUGCCAAGGAGUCGUCCCCUGUGUUGUAGGGACUUCCACCACCUCCUGCACCCUCUGCGCCUCUGACAACGCCACCCGUUGUGGAGCCUGUCAUCACGGCAACAUCCUCCAUCUUGGUUCCUGUCGACCUAGCAUUGCUGCAUCGCUAGAUCAUUACCUGAACUUUGACUUGGACAUGCCUGACGCCGAGGUUCUCAAAGCUCCUCAAUUAUGUAUUCCACUGGUUCUCAAAGCUCUGUGGGACAAAUUAAACAAACAGUGCCUCAAAGGGCUCACAUGCCAUCAAUUGUUAAAUUCAACGGCUAGCAAAGAUGUGGAAGCAAAUCGGUCAUCUUUAGCCCCUCUAGCUAUGGAUUCCAAAAACCAGGAAAGUAGAGAUUUCCACAAUGUGUGGACAGAUCCAUUUGCGUUCACCACCAAUGCUGCUGACUUACCAUUGGACUUGGAUGAUCAGACCUCCAACCUGGGCUACAUGAAGAUCAACACGCUGAAGGUGUUCGGAUACAGCAUGCACUUUGACCCUGAGGGCAUCAAGGAUCUGAUUCUCCAGUUGGACUACCCCUACACACAGGGUACGCAGGACGCCGCCUUUCUGAUGUUACUGGAGAUGAGAGACCGGAUUAAUCGGCUAUCUCCACCAGCACCACAGCCAUUAGAUCUGUUUUCUUGUCUCCUGCGCCACCGCCUCAAGCUGUCAGCCGGAGAGGUGGCACGAAUCAAGGACUCUCUGCAGAUCUUCAACUCCAAGCUUCCCAAUGCUUCACCUGAACCUGAGCUGGCCCAGCUCUGUAGCUAGCUAGUUUAGCACAAUCGCCAGGUUCAGGAAUGAUGCUGUUCAUAGAAAGAGGAAUUGCUACUUCAGGGACGACCCUACUGAGAUGGCCUUUGGACCCGAAUCAUCUGGAUUAACGUACUCUGAAGAAGGUUGAAUGCUUGGCCUUUUUAUGGUCACUCUCAGUUGGUUUUCUGGUGUUUUACCUUUGACAAACAGCAUCAUGUCCUUGACUUUUCGGAGAACGAGGGACACUUUGACUCUGUUUAGGAGGCUGUACUGAACCCGCCCGGAGGUUCACUUUUGCUAUUACUGCCCUGCAAACUGCGUAACUGGACAAGGCUAAAAAGGUUUCUUUCACUGACAAGUUUUUGUGAUUUGGAACAAUAAAAAGAAGAACACACAUAAGACACCUGCCUUGCAAAGACAAACGCGGUUUUCUUAUAAGAGGAACUCUUCAGAGGUCUUCAAAAAAUUAGCGGAAGAGGAUUUCCCCUUUUCUAACCCUAUUUUCUUUGGCUACAGAACAAUCUUGAGGGAAGGGAAAAUGGGAUAAUUAUAUAUAUGUGGUGAAUGAGUUGUUAUGUUAUGCUUAACAGUUUAAAAUUUGAUAACCUUGAACCCUGUCACUGUCUUUGAAUAUUUCUUUUUAAACCCUACCUUCCAUUUUAUCUGGCAUUUGAAAACUUGUAUCUAUGCUUAACAUCUGAGUGAGAAGCCUGUUAGUGAUGUUCUGUCCUUGGUGGCUUGUCUGUACCAAAAGAAGGUAACACAUUGGCAAUUUGAAUGGCAAACUAUCGUAAAUGUUGAGUUAUUAUUCUUUCACUUUUGAGCUGAAAUAAUUCAUAAUGGAACCUUCAGAUGUGGUAACAAAAAGGUCUGCGGAUAUAGCGCUGUAAAUAACGCUCCAUCUAACCCAGGUUGUGGACAAGUGCACAUUGCUUUUUAGAUAACUGAGUUCAAAGACCAAAAAAAUGUUUAUAACAAAACAAACUCAUGCCUUAUAUGGAGAGUCAAUGUUAAGGUAAGAAGCACAUUUAGUUUCCGUGUUUGGUUUCCCUGCGAAGGUUGUAUUGCUUUUUAUAUUUCAAUAUUUCUACCAAGACAGAACAACAGACGCAUUCUCCAGAGUACGUGGUAAUGUAGCUUUUUCAUGUAAAUGCCAGUCACUCGUUCUGCAGGUACUUGUUUUGAUUUGGUGUUGUGAAACUUUUGAAUCACCAUUCACAGUGCACACCAGUACAUGCAUAAUGUAAUUGUUCUGCAAAAUCCUCCAAUGAGAUAAACUUUCAGUAAAUAAUAGAAUAUGGUUGAAUUUAUGGUUUUAAAAGGUUUUCAGUGGUUCGGUUAGUCUCAGGUCUAUGAAACUUUUUUUUUGUGACAUAUGGGUCCAAUGUGAGCUGCAGUUACCACGGCAACUGGAGUAACAAGGUUUCUGCGGGGCGGUGAUGGUACAAACUUAACCAGGAUGAUACUUGAUAUGAUUUUACAUUUGCUUCACUAAUUUCUCACUGAAAGUUAGAAAACCUUGUAUGUCAUUAUCAACAGUUCUUCUGUGCUCAGCUUGCUUAAGUAAAAACAAAGUGAUUUAUCUAUCUGAGAGCCUUUUCCUUGUUUACAAAACUUUUUUCUGUUAUAUAGCAUUAUUGCCAUAUUACCUCUUUGCCUGCAUGUUAUAACGUCGUCUUUGGUCAAUUCAAAGACAUAUUGAUAAGAUUAGCUGUGAAGAUGGUGUCAUGGAAAAGUGCAAUGAUGGUGGCGGAUGUGGUCAGAGCUACAGGAAUAGUGGUAGUAAGAGGAGGGGGUGACACAAGACCGUCUCAUCUUACCACCACUAGCUGUUCAUUGUUCUAGUGUAAUUCAAUUCAAUUCAAUUUUAUUUAUAU